AUGUCAAAUACUUUCACAACAAAAAAUUUAGAUUUAGAUGAUCCAAAUCAUCCAAAAGAUUUAAAAGCACCAUAUUUAAAACUUUAUUCAUUAGAAACUCCAAAUGGUCAAAAAGCUACAAUUUAUUUAGAAUUAUUAAAAUUAAAUUAUCAUUUAACAAGAUUAGAUAUUAGAACCAACGUUCAAAAAGAACCUUGGUUUAUUGCUCUCAAUCCAAAUGGUCGUAUUCCAACUUUAAGUGAUGUUGAUUCCAAUGGUAAUCAAACUAAAAUUUCUGAAACUGGUGCAAUUUUAUUAUAUUUAGGUGAAAAAUAUGAUACUGAACGUAAAUAUUAUUAUGGAAUUGAUGAUCCAUUAUAUUGGGAUCAAAUCCAAUGGUUAACUUUCCAAAUUGCUUCACAUGCUCCAUAUCAUGGACAAGCUCAUCAUUUUAUUAAAUAUGCACCAGAAGAUAUUCCAUAUGGUAAAAAAAGAUACUUGGAUGAAACUGAACGUGUUUUUGGAGUUUAUGAAAUUAGAUUAAAAGAAAAUAAUGGUUGGUUAGUUGGUGAUCAUUUAAAUAUUGCUGAUAUUGCUGCAUUUUCAUGGAUUAAUAUUUAUAAUUAUAUUGAUAUUGAUAUUAAUAAAUGGCCUUCAAUUAAAGCUUGGUUGGAAAAAAUUAGAGAAAUUCCUGGUGUUCAAGAAGGUUUAAAUGUUAAAGAACAUGAAUUUAAACAUUAA